GGGCAGAGAAAGAAGGGGAUGAGCGUGACAUGGGUAAAGAAUGGAGUGUUUAAUGAGUUAUAGGAAUGCUGUUUUUAUUGAUGAUGAAUGUGAUACUUGUCAUGUAGUUUCAUAGACUGUCCUGCAGAUGGCAGCAGACACUCGGGAGAGAGGCAUGACUGGAAGGAUUUAUUUUAAAAUAAAUUGUUUUCCAGACAGACAAUAACAGCAAACAUAUUGCAAUAUGGGAGUGAUUUACAUGUUAAUUUAUUUAGUUCAUUUUGUAAUUUAUGAACUUCUCGUUUUAUUUUCUCUUUUAUUGACCUGGACGGCCCUUGGGUAAGAGCCUACUUCAACCUCUGUCCUCUAACCUACAACGUUACAGGUCAAGCCGUUUGACAGUGGAACAGAAAUAUCCCUAAACACUUUUAGUUACCUGAAAUUUAGCUCAGAUAAAUGCUUUUUGCAGGAUAUAUUAUUUUUCAGUGUAUAUAGCUAUGUUUCCAUCCAAUUGAUGAUAGAUUUUCAUGCGGAUAUUCACAAAUCUGCAUGAAAACAAUUUGUACAAUUUCCCACCAGACAUGUUUCCAGCAAAUUGACUUGUUGCAGAUAAAAGGCUGUAUGAGGUGACUGCACAUAAAAAUACCUUUUGUAGUUACAUUUCCAUGUAUCAAGAAAAAAAAAAAAGUUAAAUGAGUUUCCAUCUCAUUUUCAAAUCUACUGAUGGUUUUAACACAAAUAUGCCAACUCUGGUAUUGGCAUGUGCGCUCAAGCCAACAGCUGGCAGAUACAGUGCGGAUAUAGCCUACAUGAUGAUACUAAUGACAAAGGAGUUAAAUAUUUUUUUAUUGUAAAGCGGCAGCCAAGCAUUGAUCAUCAUAUCACCAGAAUAAGACCCUUGAUAUUUAUUAGAAAGGAGCAUCAAGCUCAUCGCCUUGCACAUUCACCACCCUGUGAAGUUCAUCAUAGCUUAUUUAAUCUGUAGCCUAAUAAACUGCAUGCUUUUCCAAGUCGUAGUUGGAGAGCCACACGUCAUCGCGUGACUCCAAAUUUACUUCGAUAUGAUGGUUGUUAUAUUCAAUAUUUGCGUGUAAGAGUUAACAACUACAGUUCUUGCAUAAUUAAUUUUACCAUUAAGAAAAGAUCCCACGCGUAUUUUGUUUUGUGGACAUUUGGAAAGUUUAACCGCAACAUUUGGUGUUUCCAUUAGGCCUGUCAUAAUGUUUGCUCACAAAGAUGUUGGAUGAACACCUGGUUCAUUAUAUGAAUACACCCUAGAGAUAUUUCAGGAAAGUUAAUGGAGAUUCCUGUUCCAUUUCCACAAGGAAUGACCUUUGGGUAGCAGUGCAGCAACUUUGUGGUGACUCUAUCAAAGCGUGUGUUUCCCCCUGCUGGUCCACAUCCAUAAACCUCUCCAAUCCACUCUAUUUCUCCCAUCCUAUUAGUGGACCUUGCUUGGAUCAAACAGUCUCCUAUAACCCUAACCUACAGUUAAGUCAACCCAAUUAUGGCUCUCCUAUUUCUCCCUUAGACCUAUGAAUGGAGCAUAGAAAUGGUAUGUUAUGUCUUCACUGUUUUGUUGGAAGCUAAACUGGAAGCUAAGCUUAUGAUUUGGGCUAACCUUUUUUCCAAGCUGUAGGUCACAUUUGUAGGUCAAAGUGGUAGCCAUGGUGGUGAGAAUGACCCUCUCCAGCAGCACAGUCUCAUAUACUGCUGCUCUUCCCUGGUUUUCCCUACAGUGGUCAACUAGCAACAACGUGGUAUCUACAAUGUGAUGUAUACUAUCUAUGAUAUUGGUACUGUGGAUGAGCUAUGAGUGGUAAACAUCAGUGGGAGAUCCUGUACAGGUAAUGGGAUGUUGUUAACGCUAGUCCCUGACUCUCUCCCCUCGUCAGAUCGCUCUGUUAAAGCUAGCGUGCCCUGGUACAGUGACUGGAGGGGACACUAACGGAACUCAGCACCUCCAAGCAUUAUACAGCCACGACUCCCUGGUUUGAGGCGUACAGGGAGAGCUUCCUCCAGUCAAUGCCUGCCUCCGACCAUGAGUUCCUCAACCACUACCUCGCCUGUCUGUUGGUGGUGUCGUCCAGUGAGGCUGUACCAGUGGAGCAGUUCCUCAAGCUGUCUCAGGAGCAGCACAUGAUCCAGCACAAUGGAGAGUACACCAACCCCAAGUGGUUCAUCCCCAACACACUCAAAUACUACGUCCUCCUGCAUGACAUGAGCCAGGGGGACGAACAGAGAGCUGACUCUGUGUAUGAGGAUAUGAAGCAGAGGUAUGGUUCUCAGGGUUGUUACCUUCUGAAGAUCAACUCUCGUACAGCAGCAGCAGGAACAGAUGAACAGAUACCGGACCCAUGGAGCCAGUACCUUAACAAGAGCAGUCUGCAAAGCCAGGAUCAGUCUGAGGAGCCAGCCCCAACCCCUGUAGUGGUGAACACGGCUGUAGAGAACAACAUAGGAGGAGCACCCGAGAUGGACGGAGCACCAGAGAUGGACGGACAUGACUCAGCAGAGAAUGACGGAGUCUUUGUAAACAGUCUGGACAACACCCACCCUCUCCAGCUGGAGACUGCCAUUGACAUGCCCGGUAGCCUGGACUCCCUCAGGGCCGUCGCCGUGGAAACCAAGACUACGACAGUCUACACAGGAGUGGCGGCGGGCACCAGCCAUGGGGCAUGUCUUACGCUGAACGACCACAACCGCCUAAGACUAUUCAUCCAGGAAUUUACCUUCAGGGGACUACUACCUCACAUAGAGAAGAACAUCAGACAGCUCAAUGACCAGCUGGUCUCCAGGAAAGGCUUGAGUCGCUCUCUGUUCUCAGUCACUAAGAAGCUGUUUGGAGGAGGGAAAGUUCCAGAGAAGAGUAUCGCUGAGCUGAAGAACACUUCCGGCCUUCUCUAUCAUCCAGAAGCCCCUGAGCUGCAAAUCAGGAAGAUGGCUGACCUGUGUUUCCUGGUUCAGCACUAUGAGCUGGCCUACAGCUGCUACCACACGGCCAAGAAGGACUUCUUAUCUGACCAGGCCAUGCUCUAUGCCGCUGGAGCGCUGGAGAUGGCAGCAGUGUCUGCGUUUCUCCAGGGUGGGGCUCCACGGCCGUAUCCAGCACACUAUAUGGACACGGCAAUUCAGACCUACAGAGAUGUGUGCAAGAACAAGGUCCUAGCUGAGCGUUGUGCUCUGUUCAGUGCUGAGGUACUGAAGAGUCAGGCCAAGUACUCUGAUGCUGCUACCCUCCUCAUCAAGAUGACCAGUGAGGAUUCUGAUCUGUGUUCUGCCCUCCUAUUGGAGCAAGCAGCCCACUGCUUCAUUAACAUGCGAAACCCCAUGGUUAGGAAGUUUGCCUUCCACAUGAUCCUGGCAGGACACCGCUUCAGCAAGGCAGGACAGAAGCGUCAUGCGUUGCGGUGUUACUGCCAGGCAAUGCAGGUGUAUAAGGGUAAAGGCUGGUCCCUGGCUGAGGACCAUAUCAACUUCACUAUCGGCCGCCAGUCCUUUACGCUGCGCCAACCAGAGAACGCUGUCUUAGCCUUCAGACACAUCCUCACCAACGACAGCCAACAGACCGCCACACAGCAGGGAGCCUUCCUCCGGGAGUACCUCUAUGUCUACAGGAAUGUGCCAGGGGUGUGUGAGGUGGCACUACCCCAGCUGCCCCUACCCUGCAUCAACAGCUCUGCUACCAGGGUCUACUUCGGCCACGAACGCCGCCUGGCAGAGGGUGAGAAGCAGGCUGCCACCCAUGUGUCCUUGGACCAGGAGUUUGAGCAGGACCUAGCUGCCGUGUGGCAGGACCUCGAGGAACAGGUGGUUGCCGCCGCCAACCGUGGGGUUGUCCCGUCAACGUUCUACCCUACCCAGUGCUGCCUCAACAGUCAGACGGACAAUCUCCACUUCCCGUUGGCUGUAGUAGAAGAACCCAUCAUAGUUGAGGUGGCGUUCCGGAACCCUCUAAAGGUUCCGCUGGUUCUCUCAGACCUCUCGCUGCUCUGGAAGUUCACGCUCAAAGACUUCUCUCGACCACAACCGCAGGACGUCAUGGUUGGAGACGCUGUCACCAUCACCAAUGAGAAGGAAGCCAUCGCUCCCAGGACAGUGCAGAAAGAUGGCAUCAUCACCACAGAAGUCAUCCCAGAGUUCUUCAUGAGCCCCGAGGAGACAAGAGUGGCUCGUCUGAAGCUGCUUCCUCGCCAGACUGGUCAGCUCACCAUCCUGGGUCUAGUCUAUAACCUGGCCUCCACCCCUUCUACUGGAAACUCUACUAUUAACAGCAACAGUUUCUCGCAGAACCAAGGUCCCUCAGCGACUGCGGGGACAUUGGUUCGUGGUCGACAGGACCUAGAGAUUCAGGGACCGCGGUUAAACCAGACCAAAGAGGAGAAGACCUCUGUCAGCCACGGUCCUGACCGACGUCUUGACCCCACCAUCACCCCUCCCAUGCCCCUGCUGGAGGUAUUCUUCCUCCAGUUCCCUACUGCCCUACUAUGCGGUGAAAUCAGGAAGGCCUACGUAGAAUUCUGUAAUGUGAGUCACGUUCCCCUGUGCGGCCUGCGGGUGGCGUCCACGCACCCAGACUUCUUUACCUUCGGAAGCUCCUCCCUAGCCACACCCCUCACCCCCCUCAGCCCCUCCUCCUUUGAGAACUGCUCUGCCUACAAGACCCUGGCCACACCCCCAGGAGCCACACCCGGGUCGGUAACUGCGGUAACGCUAGUGUCGGCGGCUGACUUUGGGUCGGGAGGAGGAGUAGUGUCUGGUACGGGGGGUAAAAGGGUAGCAGAGAUCCCUCUAGGAGAGGGAACGCUAACGCCUGGAGAAUCUACCCAGCUGCCCCUGUGGCUAAGAGGACCAGACCAGGAAGGAGUCCAUGAGAUCAACUUCCUGUUCUACUACGAGGGCGCCGAGAAAGGAGGAAAGAUCAGUCACAGGGUGCUGCGUCACACAGUAUUUAUCUGUGCCAGUCGUUCUCUGUCGGUCCGGGCCACCGCCUGCCAUAGUAACACACUGCCCGAGGAGGAGGGGAGGAAUGGCAGCAUGCUGGUCUUUGUCGAUGUGGAGAACAUCAACACAAGUGAGGCUGGGGUGCGUGAGUUCCACAUUGCACAGGUCUCUAGCAGCAGUAAACAGUGGAGACUACACAAGUGUAUAAACCCAGCAGAAAACAAAGACUGCAAACUCACCACCAGAGAGAGGGGCAAGCUGUGCUUCAGAGCAACACGAUGCAAACCCCACGAAGCUACCUCAAAGUCACUAGAGAAGUACACCUUUGCAGACCUGAGCCUUGGAAAUGAACAGAUCAUCAGCUCCACCACUCCGUGUGCAGACUUCUUCUUCCGGAGGUGUCAGCCCUCGGAGUCUUGGAGACCGCUUAUUGCCGUGGAGACACAGGGGAGACAUUCCAGGAGUCAGGGGGCGGGUCCUGGGGGUGGGGCUGAGGAUAUAACAGGUGUGGUCAGGAAGUGCAACGAGGUGGACCUCGACAUCAUCGUCCUCUGGAAGGCAUAUGUUGUUGAAGACAACAAGCAGGUGAUCUUGGAAGGACAGCUUCAUGUGGCACUACAGACCAUUGGCAAAGAGGCCUGCUCCCUCAGACAGAAAGAGGAGGCUCAAGAGAUGGUGCUGCUGAAGUUUAAACCAGAGCUUCCUCCUCCUAUAACACGGCCCUCCAUGGAACAGCUCUCCCACCUCAUCAAGACCAACCUACACUAUCCCGAAAGCUACAGCCACUCCUUCAUACAGAAGAGUCUCUGUAUGGUUCCAGUCAUUUUGACUCUAUCUAACUGCUCCCUGGCUCAAGUUGAUGCCAUCAUUGACCUUCGACACAAAACUACCAGUCCUGAGUCUCUUGAGGUGCACGGUUCAUUUACAUGGCUGGGCCAGACUCAAUACAAGCUGCAGUUGAGGGCACAGGAAGUGAUGAGGCUGCCGCUGAGAGCCGGCUUCCUGCAUGCGGGCGUCUAUAACCUGGGAACUGCACGGGUCUUCGCCAAGCUGGCGGACCAGGGAGCCAUGUGUGAGACCAGCCAGCAGACGGCCACGCCUGCACUAAUCAUCAUUAACAGCACCUGAACAUUGUCCUGCCCCCCAUCAUCAACUAUGAAUUAACCACCAUCUGUCAAUCAUCACUACUAAGACUCCCCAUUGGUUGGCAACAACAGGGUUGAGAGCUCAGAGACCCACCCAGCAAGAAAUAUCUUCCAAAUCCCACAUCACCCGCUCUUUACGAUCAACAAUGCUUGAACACUGGGCUGUCUUCAUUAGGCAUAAACCUGAAGAAAACAGGGAGGGACUACUUGAAAGGCUAUUUUUCAUUUUCUGUUGUAACAGGUUUUACUACAGUGUGCCCUAAUGAUUAGGAUCCUAAUUCUGCCUGCCUGCCCACCCAACAAUAACCAAUGAACAAUUAUCUGCAAAUCACCACUACCAAGGCUCCCCAUUGGUUAAGAAACUGUUGAAAGUUCGGAACCAGAUACAAGGCAGAAAUAUCUUUCCACCAAGUCUCAAAUCAUCCACUCCACUCCCUAAAAAUUUGACCCAUUUUUCCAAACUUGUUCACUCAAUACUGGACUAAGGAAAGCAGUUUUGAUGUAAGAUGUAUUUAAAAAUAUAAAUAAAAUGUUUAAAUGGAAUUGGGCAUCAAUUGAGCUUGUAACCACUGCGAUGGUCAGACUGUUGUUAAAUAAACCCCCCAGUAGCUAUGUUAUGUCCCAGCAACAAAGCAAAGCAUCAUGGACUUACAUGUUGAAGAAGGAUCUGUUUUCUCUCUGUGUAUUAUUCCUCUGUCAUCUCAGCUGAUGCACUUUGGUUUUGACCUUUUUUAUUUGAUUAAAUUGACCUGUGAACGGGGAGGAGAACAGACACGCUGUUGCCGUCUGAGUUUACAACAUCUUGUCUCCUACGACACUGGUGUCAUUUGUCUACCGCCAGAGAUUUAUUUUUAAUCGCAUGUUGUUGAGCAGUUGUCACCGUGGCGACAGAUGUCGUUUACUUCUUGGAUUAACCAGGAUGAGAAAGUAGAAAGAACUGCCUCUGCCUCAAUGAGACUGACCAUGACCAGGGUUUUCUGUUGUGUAGUCACAUGGACCAGACCGUCAGCACAUCACAAACAUUUUAGAAUAUGACCCAGCGUUUAACCACUAUACUACAGUAUGUGACUGACAAACAAACUCUGACUGAGAGGUUCUAAUACAGAUACUGACUGCCCGCCUGUCUGUGAGCCUGUCUGUGAGCCUGUAGUCCAUCUGGACUGACCGUGCUGUCAGUCACCACGUGCACACAUUUAGUUUUCUACAAAACAAACAAACUAACGUAUGAACCAGUAAAGUCAACAUGAUCCCUAUACAUCUCCCUCAUUGGACCUCCACCUUGUGCUCAAACUGUUAUUUAAAUGUAUGUAUUUACUCAAAUGCUUUUCAGAUUAUGUAUUAUAUUUAUAACAAAUUUACUGUAAAUAGAAAUAAAAAUGUAACCAAUGAUGUGGGCUGUGAGAAAG